AUGACAAAGGGCAGGACGCCCAAGGAAUUUAUUCCUGACUACGCUGCGAGCAACGUCGGUGCUGAUUUUGAACUCUGGCUCGAGGACAUAAAUGAUUUCCUUUCAAUCAGUGAAGUGACGGCAGCAGCUGACAAGAAACGCUUGUUCUUGAAUCUGGCUGGAUUAGCAGUGAGGCGCAUUGUGAAAGGUCUGGUUGUCACGGUGGAGCAGACACAAGAUGGCUCACCUGGAGAUGAGUACCAAGCCUUGACGGACGCAUUGUUGGCACACUUUCGACCGUCAACAAAUGUCACGUCUGAACGUCACAAAUUCCGCCAACUCCGCCAAAUGGAGGGCGAGUCGGUGACUUCGUUCGUUGGGCGGCUGAGAGAAAAGGCAGAUGUUUGCGAAUUCAGCUCCACUUCUGUGGAUACCGUUGUCAACUGCCAAAUUCGAGACCAGCUGAUCGUGGGCCUGCGUUCUGUUGAGCUUCGAAAGGAGCUGCUGAAACAGUCGAAGCUGACCCUGAACGACGCCGUCACCAAGUCAGUGGCGUUGGAAGCGUCGAUUACUGACAGUAAACUGUACGAUAGUACCAGAGCUAGUGACGCACCGCCUGUGUUCCCCGUGCCCAUCCAGCGUGUGCAAGCUGUCUCUGCAGCUGGUUCUGGAUCAGAGGGAAAGAAGUGCAAAUACUGCGGACGUAGUCACAAACCAGGCAUGCGUAACUGUCCUGCGGCCAACGUCACCUGCAACAAGUGUGGCAAGCGAGGGCAUUUUGCAGCGGUCUGCAUGUCAAACAAAGUGGAAAGACACGAAGAAAGAGCCCGGCCAGUAGAGGAUGAGCCUGAUGAGUAUGAGCAUGCAAGUCGCAUGUACGACUCCGCUUUCGCCGUCAGUAGCUCGGCCCUCGCAGGCGACAAGACAUUCCAGACUACACUCAAAGUCAAUGGUGAGCUGUGCACUGGACUGUUAGACACAGGUGCAACUCGGACGAUCCUCACUGAUGAUGUGAUCAAGCCCACGCGCAAGAGUGACCGCUUGCUGAAAGCGUACAAUGGCGGUGUCGUAGAGACUUUAGGCAUGGCCGACGUCCACAUUUCACAUGGUGGCAAGAACGAUGUCAUCAAGGAGCUGAACCUCCUGUCACAAGCAAACGUGGUGAACGUGUCACCCAUCGAAAUCUCUCUGGAAGACGGUUCAAAGCCUCUAGCCCAGCCACCACGACGCCCAGCUUUCAGUAUCCGGGCUGACAUCGAGACCGAGCUGAAACGGCUGACCAAGUUGGAUAUCAUUGAACCCGUCAAGGAAGCCACGCCGUGGGUGUCACCACUUGUUCCAGUCCGCAAACCGAAUGGAGCAUUGCGACUAUGCGUGGACUACAGAGAACUGAAUAAGAGAGUUACACGUGAGCGCAACGUUCUUCCAACCGUUGACGAGAUCACAACUCAGCUUGAUGGCGCAGGGGUCUUCUCAGUUCUGGAUGCGGAAUCUGGAUUCCAUCAGCUACUCUUGUCAGAAGAAGCAAGGCCUCUAACGACUUUCUCAUCGCACUGUGGCCUGUUCCGUUUCAAGCGUUUACCUUUCGGUAUUGCAUGUGCGCCUGAGAUUUUCCAGCGAGUGGUGUCCGACAUACUGGAAGGCCUGCCAGGAGUCAUCGUCUACAUCGACGACAUCCUAGUGUUUGGCUCCAAUCAAGCAGAACACGAUGCACGGCUAGAAGCAGUCAAGCAGCGACUGCGAGCAGCUAACCUCCAACUCAACUGGACCAAGUGCCGACUGAACCAGGACCGUGUGAAGUAUCUGGGACAUUGGCUAAGUGCGACCGGCUUGUCCCCAGAUGAUGACAAGUUACAAGCCAUCCAGGAGCUGGCCCCUCCGAAAUCUAUCUCUGGUGUGCGACGGUUCCUGGGGAUGGCUACGUACCUUGGAAAGUUCAUUCCGAACUUGGCCCAGAUCACGGCUUCUCUGCGCAGGCUAGCAAAGCGUGAUCCCUUCAGUGUGGAUGAUGAAGUCCUGCAGGCAUUCACCUCAGCAAAGGCUGGUAUAGCGUCAGCUUUGCAAGCGUUGGCAUUCUUUCAACCAGCAUUGGACGUCCCUACUGCUAUCAGCUGUGAUGCAUCGCCAGACGGUUUGGGAGCAGUCCUGUGGCAGAAGAAUACCAGUGGCUGUUGGGUACCAGUGACAUGUGCCAGCCGCUCUCUAUCAGAUGUUGAGUCACGCUAUUCUCAGCUGGAACGAGAGAUGCUGGGAGUGGUAUUCGGCCUGACUCGCUGUCGGCAGUAUGUACUAGGCCGAGAAGUGCAAGCGUUUACGGAUCACAAGCCGCUUAUUUCUAUCGUCCAGAAGCCGUUCGACGAAGUGCCACCGAGGCUUCAGAGAUGGCUGGUCGCAUUGAUGCCCUAUCGCUACAGCUUGGUGUUCGUCCCUGGUCAGCAGAUGGUUUGUGCUGACACCCUCUCUCGAGCUCCUCUACCUGAUCGCACAGCUUCACCUGCAGAGGCACGUUCAAUGGCGGAAUUCGUUAGUCUCAUUCUCGAGGCUUGUCCGGUUCGUUCCAAGGAUAUUCGCCAGGCCACGGACUCUGAUCCGACACUGAGCAGCGUCCGACAAAGAGUGGGCACAUCAGUUUGGUCAGGGUGCAUCCAAACCGAAGAGCCUUACUUCCUGCUACGCCAUCAGCUGACAGUCAUUGACGGAAUUGUCAUGCUAGACAAUCGCUACGUCAUUCCAGAAGAGCUCCGCCCAGCGGUGCUGCGACUAGCACAUGAAGCGCAACAGCUCCUCCCUACAGAGAUAGAAGGUGUCUGGCAGAAACUGGCCAUUGAUCUUGUUACCAUUGAGGGAGCCACGUUCCUGUCUGCUAUUGAUUAUGGUUCCCGCUGGCCAGAGCUUCUACCACUGUCCAAUACUACGACAACGGGUGUGAUCGACAAGCUGAUGGAGUUGUUCGCACGGUUUGGUCUGCCUUCAACACUCGUCUCGGUUUGGGGCCCACAGUUUGCAUCCACUGAGAUGUCCAAGUUUCUCGCUCAGUUGGGUGUUGAGCAUUGCAAGUCUAGCCCCCGGUAUGCCCGCUCUAACGGUAUGGUGGAGCGACUACAUCGUCUGGUGAAAGAACGAGUUGCCAGUCUGAGACCUCAUCUACCGCUACACCGCCGCAUCACUCAAGUCUUGUUCGACAUUCGCAAUUCGCGGCACCGGAUGCUAGGUACAUCGCCGAGCGAAGCGUUGUUCAGCAGAGUCAUUCGGACACGGGUUCCAGCAUCCAUCACCCCACAGAUCGUCAACCCAUCUGAGCAGAUCAAGGCGAAAGCAGCAAUGGUUGAAGGUCAUGACUCGCGCCGAGGUGUCCGCAAGUUACCCCAUUUGCCAUCAGGUACGCGGGUAGUGCUCCAUGAUGGGUAUAGCGACCCUCGAAAAGAAUGGAAGGUAGUAGAGCAGUAUGGUCGUCAGGUUGGGGUCACUGAUGGGUCACGCAUACUGCUCCGGAACCGUCAGCAUGUCACCGAGUUUGUAGCACCAGCAGCAGCAGCAGCGGAGAAAGCACCCAUGAGUGAACCUCCGGCACAGUCAGAGAGGGAGCAUGUGCCAGAGCCAGUGUGUGCUCCAGCACUGCCAGUGUCCGACCCAACAAGCCUUCCGUCAGCGAGCAGCGCAACAUCCAGGCCCGAAGCUCCGGUAACUGCGCUCACAUUGCCGUUGUCUCCUGCAGCUUCACCGGAGACGACAGCACCACCUGCAACACCGGCCUGUAUGUCACUGUCACCGCCAACAUCUCGUCCAAGUGUAUUCCGCGAGGGCGUACAGACCAGAGCUGGCCGUCAGAUCAAGCUUACAGAGAAAGCACGUGAAGCUGACAUCUGA